CCGGUGCCUCCAUACACGUUGUCUCUAGCUCUCAAAGGAAUAGAGACCGUAGCAGCGUUUCUUUCUUUUCUGAACAGGCGCAGUCCGAGAGAACUCGCAAAAGGAGUAAAAGGCUCCUACAUAACCUGUAACUAUCAAUAUAUUGUAUGAGUCAGAAAAUAGAAAAACCAGUGUUAUCGGGUCAACGGAUCAAGACCAGAAAAAGAGAUGAGAAAGAGAAGUACGAUCCGAACGGGUUCCGCGACGCGCUCGUGCUGGGCCUGGAGCGCGCGGGCGGCGACCUGGACGCGGCCUACAAGUUCCUAGACGCGGCCGGCUCCAAGCUCGACUACCGCCGCUAUGGCGAGGUCAUAUUCGACGUACUCAUCGCCGGGGGGCUGCUGCUUCCCGGUGGCUCUGUAUCGAUGGACGGGGAAAGCCCUAAGACCAACACUUGUAUCUUCAACGCCAGCGAAGAUAUGGAUACAAUGCGUAACUUCGAACAGGUAUUCGUGAAGUUGAUGCGUCGCUACAAAUAUCUAGAAAAGAUGUUUGAAGAGGAAAUGAAAAAGGUCCUAGUGUACCUGAAAGGCUUUGAACCGCUACAACGUAUUAAAUUGGCGCGUAUGACAGCUUUAUGGAUCGGAAACGGCUGUGUGCCUCCAUCGGUGCUGUUGGUGCUGGUGAACGAGCAUCUUUUAAAAGACAACCUGGCUCUGGACUUCGUUCUCGAGGUCUUCGCCACCGUGAAGCAAGAGCGUGGAGUCACCUCGCUUGUUACUGCUCUGAAGAAGGGUCAGCUUGAGGGACGACUACUGGAGUUCCUGCCUCUGAACCGUCGCAGCGAAGAGGUCCUGGCUUCGUCUUUCGCCUCUCGCGGUCUUGCAGAGCUACUGAAACUGCAUCGCGCCCAGGCCUCACAGGAGGCGAGGCGUGAGCUAACAUCGGCUCUGUUGGAGGCGCUAGCGGACGAAAGGCCUGUCCGAGACCUCAUCGCCGACACCAGAGACAUGGCGCAGAGGCACGCCAUACCCGACCACGAGGUCGUCGCCAUCAUAUGGCAGUGCGUCAUGUCCCGUGGUGAAUGGAAUAAAAAAGAGGAAUUGUUAGCCGAGCAAGCGGCGAAGCAUUUGAGAAAUUAUACGCCCCUUUUGGCAGCGUUCGCUCAAUCGGCAAAGGCCGAGCUUGCUUUAUUGGCUAAGGUCCAAGAGUACUGCUAUGAGAACAUGAGCUUCAUGAAAGCGUUUAGCAAGUUAGUGCUGAUGCUGUACAAGACCAACGUUAUCUCGGAGGAGGUGAUCCUCAAGUGGUACCGCGAUUCCAACUCCAGCAAGGGCAAGAUGAUGUUCCUCGAUCAGAUGAAGAAGUUUGUUGAGUGGCUGCAGAGCGCCGAGGAGGAAUCUGAGAGUGGUGAGGAAGAAGAUUAGUUUAAGAGCAGCAAGUGAGACUGAACACAUAGCACCGUCCCCCACACCAGCCGAGCCGUGACCAUUACGAACACCGUGACCUUUACGACCUCUUGAGUAUCAUAUGAGCGCGCCACGGCUGCCAACCCCAUCAUAAUACCAAUAACUGACAUAAUAUCCAUUAGGACAUAGCAAACGUGCGGGACGUUUUCUACAACUGUAUAUUAUUCAUUUCUAAAAUAACAUGUUGAUGAAAUACAAUAUUUUUUAUUCAAUUUUUUUAGUAAAAUUCAAAUAAAUGGUGGCAACACUGAA